AUGGUCUUGGCCAUGCAGUACUUCCGCACUUCAGAGAAAAGUGGAGGAUUUGAUAAGCAUUUUGUAGCAGUUCUGCAAGAGAAGGCUGAAAUAGUCAGAGUUACGCUAGCAAUGUCUCCAUACAGUCCUCCGAAAGAUGGCAUUAAAGACCGUGCUUUAGGUCUCAUUGCCGAAGCAAUAGUGCCACCUUAUGGAAUUGAAAAAAUAUACUGUGACAACAAUAGAAUACCUGUUAUCAGCUCACUCAAGAUUAGAGACCAGCAGAGAUCAGCGGUUUCAACAAAUUGGAUGCUCCCAUACAACUACACGUGGCCUCCAGAUAAGGUCUUUGUAAGCACACCUACGGCUAACUAUACUCUUCGGGAUUACCGACAAUUCUACAGAGACAUCAAUUUUGAAGAUGGCUGGCUAAUGAGACAAGACACUGAACCCCUGGUCUACCAGAUGACACCACCUGGUGUGCGCGUACACUGUCUUUAUGGUACUGGUGUGGAAACACCUGAUUCCUUCCAUUAUGAAAGUUUUCCUGACAAAGAACCCAAGAUUCUUUACAGCGAUGGGGAUGGUACAGUAAACUUACAGAGUGCCUUGCAAUGCCAAAAGUGGGUGGACAUGCAAAAACAAGAAGUGGUAAUAUUUGAGCUUUCAGGAAAUGAGCAUAUUCAAAUGCUAUCCAAUGAUACUACUAUCUCCUAUGUGAAAAAGCUGCUUUUUGAUUUGUGA